GCAGCCGCCGGCGGGGGGGAUCGGGGAGAGAGAGAGAGAGAGAUAGAGAGAGAUGGCGGAGGGGCAGGGCGGCGCCGGCGGCGCGGCGGGUGUCCGCGCGGAGGCCGAGUCCUCCUCCGAGCGGCGAACCCAGCCCGCCAUGUCGCGCGAGGACUGCGUCGCGGGCAUCCGUUCGGCGCUCAAACAUCCGACGGUGCGGUUCCUGAGGGAGCAGAUGGAGAAGGCCGGCUGUAAGGUCUUUCCGAGCCUCAUCCUGGCGACCAACUGCUCCAGCGCCGGCGGCUACGGCAGCGGGGAAGGGAUAAAAGUGUGCUGCAAUCACAUGACACUUCAAGAUGAGAUAAAUCAGGUUAUUAUUCAUGAAAUGAUUCAUGCUUAUGAUGACUGCGUUGGCAAGAAUAUGGACUGGAAGAAUUGUGCUCACCAUGCUUGCUCCGAGAUUCGAGCCAAUCACCUUAGUGGUGAUUGCCAUUACAAACGUGAAUUGUUGCGUGGUUUCAUGAAGAUAAGGGGUCAUGAGCAAGAUUGUGUCAGAAGGCGGGCUCUGAUGUCUCUCAAGAACAACCCAUACUGUUCCGAGGCCGCUGCAAAAGAUGCAAUUGAAGCUGUAUGGAAUAUAUGCUACAAUGACACGCGCCCAUUCGAUAGAGCUCCAUAGAGUCUUUUCACAAUUGAAAUACAGGAGCUACAUUUGUGUGCAUACAUGCAGGGAUAUUUUUUUAUUCCCUUAAAGAAAUUGUAUUUCAGCAAAAUGCAACAACAAAAUCCACGCAUGACUCUGAGCAUUGUGGUGAAUUAGUUAGUGUAAUUCGUUUCUUUUGUGUGUCAUGCUGUGACAAACUUUAUAAUAAGUUAAACAGAGAAUUUUUUUUUUCUGUGGCAAAA